GGCGCCGUCAGGCAGUGGCGCGGGCAGCCCAGGACGCGGGGUCCUGAGGGGCGCGGGCCUCCUCGGCGGCAGCGGCGGCGGCCGGGCGGCGGCGGCGGCGGCGAUGCUGUGGCCGCGGCUGGCGGCGGCCGAGUGGGCGGCGUUGGCCUGGGAGCUGCUGGGCGCCUCGGUGCUGCUGUUCGCGGUGCGCUGGCUGGUGCGGCGGCUGGAGAAGCGGCCACGGGGCCUGGGCCGGAGCGGGCCCCUCGACCCGCCACCCCGCGCGGCCGCGGCCCCGGCCCCCGACCGAGGUGAAAUGACAAUGGAUGCCAUCUUGGCUCGAUUGAAACUGUUGAAUCCAGAUGACCUUAGAGAAGAAAUUGUCAAAGCUGGAUUGAAGUGUGGACCCAUUACAUCAACUACAAGGUUCAUCUUUGAGAAAAAGUUGGCUCAGGCUUUAUUAGAGCACGGAAGAACACUGCCUUCACGCGCUCCCGGCCAUGAUUCUGCAGGUGCCACAGCUCUCAGCCGGAACACGCAAGGGAUUUUCAAGUCUGUUGUGGGGAGCCAGACUGAGCAGGUCAGCUUUUCUGAAGACCGAGAUUUUGGUUAUAGCGUGGGCCUGAAUCCUCCGGAGGAAGAUGCUGUGACAUCUCAGACCUGCUCGGUGCCCUUCAGUGCUGUGGCUGGGGUCGAUGGCCACAAAGCCGUGGUGAGGGCCUCUACAGAGCCACCUCUGUAUUACGGUGUGUGCCCGGCAUACGAGGAUGCCCCACCGAGAAAUGAAAGGAUUCAUGUUUAUGAAGAUAAAAAGGAAGCAUUACAAGCUGUCAGAAUGAUCAAAGGAUCCCGAUUUAAAGCUUUUUCAAGCAGAGAAGAUGCAGAGAAAUUUGCUAGAGGAAUUUGUGAUUAUUUCCCUUCUCCAAGCAAAACCUCUUUACCACUUUCUCCUGUGAAAAUAGCACCACUCUUUAGCAAUGAUGGUUUAUACCUCUCUGAGUCAGAAACAGUAAACAAAGAGCGAGCGAACAGUUAUAAAAAUCCCCGUACACAAGAUCUUACUGCCAAACUUCGAAAAGCUGUGGAGAAGGGAGAAGACGACACCUUUGCUGAUCUUAUCUGGAGUAAUCCCCGAUAUCUCAUUGGUUCAGGGGACAACCCAACCAUCGUACAGGAAGGAUGUAGGUACAACGUCAUGCAUGUUGCUGCCAAAGAGAAUCAGGCUUCUAUCUGCCAGCUGACUCUAGAGACUCUGGAAAACCCUGAAUUCAUGCGGCUUAUGUACCCCGAUGACAACCCAGGCAUGCUGCAGAAUCGCAUUUGUUACAUCGUGGACCUGUACCUGAACACUCCUGACAAAAUGGGCUAUGACACGCCGUUGCAUUUUGCUUGUAAGUUUGGGAAUGCAGAUGUAGUCAAUGUACUUUCUUCACACCCUUUGAUUGUAAAGAACCCAAGGAAUAAAUAUGAUAAAACACCUGAAGAUGUUAUUUGUGAAAGAAGCAAAAAUAAAUCUGUGGAACUGAAGGAGCGGAUCAGAGAAUAUUUAAAGGGUCACUACUAUGUGCCGCUCCUGAGAGCAGAGGACACGUCUUCUCCGGUGAUCGGGGAGCUGUGGUCUUCAGACCAGACGGCCGAGGCCCCGCACGUUGGCCAUGGUGGAAGCAGCCCCAGAGACCCCAUUUUGACCCUGCGAGCUUUUGCAGGGCCUCUGAGUCCAUCCAAGGCAGAAGAUUUUCGGAGACUCUGGAAAACCCCGCCUCGAGAGAAAGCAGGCUUCUUUCACAAUGUCAGGAAAUCGGACCCAGAAAGAGGCAUUGAGAGAGUGGGAAGGGAGCUGGCUCAUGAACUGGGGUAUCCCUGGGUCGAGUACUGGGACUUUCUGGGCUGCUUUGUUGAUCUGUCUUCCCAGGAGGGCCUGCAAAAACUAGAAGAAUACCUUACUCAGCAAGAAGUGGGCAAAAAGCCCCAACAGGACACAGGAGAAGACGAAGCCUGGUGUCAGAACGCCUCUGCCCUCGGCCGUCGCAGGAAGUGCAGCAACUCCAUCUCCGUGAGGGCGUUUCUAGAUGAGGAUGACGACAUGAGCUUGGAAGAGAUAAAAAAUCGGCAAAACACAGCUCGAAGCAACACCCAGCCCACAGUCGGUGCUUUUGGAGACUCAGGGUGUGAAAUCCUUUCCUUGGGGCAGAAGACAGACCUUGCAGAAGCUGCAUCCCCGACCAGUCCCCACAGCAGCAGAAAUGGGCUUUGUAGCCCCCUGGGUGGCAAGACGCCAAAGGCCCCGAGCCAGGAGGAAGCCCUCCUGUCACCUGUCUCUGGCUUGGCUGUUGAGUUCGAUAAACUGAAUUUGCAGAAUCUAGGAAGUAGCUUUUCUAAGACACCAAAUAAAAGUAUGAAAACUAGAGAUAAGAAGAUCCUGACAUCAGGAAUGGACGCAGUAGAAAGUGACUCGUUAGAACCUCCUGCUGCUGGCAAACUUGGCAAUAAUCAAAUAAGGACAGAGGGUGAAAUGUCAGCCGGGAUUGCUAAGAUGUGCCUGGGUCCCGACAGUCCCAGGCACGAGGCGCAGCAUGGCUGCAGUUCUGUGUCCUUGGAGCCGUCAAGGGUCCCCGCCACAAAGGAGCCCAUCCAGAGGCUCUUCCUUUCUGGAGAGGAGCCAUCAAAACUGGAUCGGGAUGUUUUGGCAGCUCUGGAGUGUGCAAACGUGGACCCUCACCAGUACCCAGCCGUGCACAGAUGGAAGAGUGCUGUCCUGUGCUUCUCACCCUCUGACAGACAGAGCUGGCCAAGCCCCGCCCUGAAAGGGAAGGUGAAGUCUCAGCUGCCGGAGCUCAGUGGCCCUCACAGCUGCAGCCCCGGGAAGCCUGGUCCCCUCCCCCACUCCCCUGGGCUGGGCAGCCCUGGGCGCUACAGCCCUGCAAACGGGGCCCACCUCCGCAGGAUGGCUCGCUUGGCCCAGCUUGCCACCUUGUAGGGCCGCCGCCACUGUUGGGCUCUUCUUUCAGUCGUCAUUUUUAAGGAAAGAAGGGUACUAUGUUUAUUGUUAAAAUUUCACAGAAAAUUUUUGUCUGAUGAAUUUAUUAGUCUUCAUUUUGAGGGUAAAAGAAUUUUAGAAAAUGCAAAUAUUCUGUAAAAAAUUUAGAUUUUUGAUAUUUUGGGAAAAGUUGAUGAAAGCAACCUCAGAUAAAAAUUUUCUGAAAACCAUCAAUGUGGUCACGAUACAGACUUCAGUGUGCUGUUCCUGGUCGCGGGUGUAACGGAGGAGGGGUUCCAACGCAGUUUGUGCCGGGAAAUCCGAGUGCGCGCCCAAAGGAGAGGUUGGCCACGGUGGCAGCAGCAGCACCUCCCUGCACCUCACUUCUUAAAGCCAAGAUUAGUUUUAUGCCCUCCUCUUUUCUGGGGAGGGUAUUUGACUUUCUAGUUCAUGAUAGAAAAUCCUCUUUGCUUUGCCAGUCCAUCCCACUUGGUUAGAUGACUUGGUAAGGGGGAUGGAUGUCCAGGAGUAAAUGAACCUUGACUGUGUCUUACACUUGCAAUGAUAUUUAUAAUUUGGGUCAUUAAAAACAUUUUAAUUAGUGGCCAGAAUAUAAAACUUCCUUUUUUCUUGGGAAAAGUCUUGUAGCCACUGGGAGUUGGGCAGGUAGUCACACGGAACUCAGCAGCAGUCACUAGAAGGUGUUCUUCCUUCUCACCAGUGCUUGAGCUUUCACAGUGGACUUGAUUGAGUUGACAAUUUAGUGGUAAUAAAAUGAGCUGUACGUUGGUCCCUAGGUUUGAAAUUUAUUCCCUAUUUUAGAACUCAUUUCAAUUCGAUUAUAAAAGAGCGUCAUGUUUUAGUACAGGAACUAGAGGUUGACUUUGACAGCUUUGAGACCCAGUUCAGUGACUUGAGCGCGGUUUAGUUUAGUCUUCACCUUGGCUGUCACCUUCCAGAGGGUGUGUGCACAGACCCUGGGGCACACACAGCACUGAGCACCACGAGGAUGCCCAAGACCGAGCAACAGCAAGGGCUGGUUUCCUCCCGGUGUUACAAACCACACAAGCAGACGUCUCUGAGCGUUUCCAGUGUUUUAUCCAAAUAAAAACUCUACUAGGGCUCUUGCUGACUUCAGUGCCUUUUGUAAAUCAUUUUUGAUUUUCCUCAACUUGCUUUUUGGGAAUAGGCAGUGAUGCUAAGUGGAGGUAAGUGAGAUUCUUUCUCCUCGUUUAAGUUUUGUUCUUAAAACUUGUACAUUGAAACUUGUAUUUAAAAUAGCUUAUUUCUUUCACGUGAUAACAAGACAGGUCAGGAAUAUGGAAUCAAGAUUUAGAUUUUAAAAUUCAAAAGGUUGUUACACAGGGUGUUUCCACUUGUGUAGCAGUGGAAUCUAGAUAUAAGACAGAAAAACACAUUCUCUUCUAAAGACCAACGGCAUUUUUAAAAGGCACCUUUGUUCUCAACAGAAAUCGGAAUACAGAUGUUAUAUUCACAGUCAUAACCUGUUUCCUCUAAGAUCUUGCCAUACUGUCCUGUAUAUUGUUGUAAAUAUUCAGAUGGAAAUUAAAAUGGUGUUUUUGCCCUAAUUUUGCAGACUGCUGUUCCUGUUUUCUGAAGUUCUGGGAUUUCUUUGACUAUUUAUUCAUUUAUAGAAGGUGGCCCUGCUUCCAGUGAAUGUAUUGUCGUGUCUGCUAUGGUGGUUUUUGUGUUCUUUUUUGAGCUAUUCAGUGAAAUAAAUUAUUUUUUAAACCA